UAUGAUGUUUAAUAUUAUCAUAUUCAAAAAAUAAUUAGUUUGACCGUAAAAAUAAGGAUUUAGGAAACAUUAUAAUAUGUGUGUAAAAAUAAUGAUUUAAGAAACAUUAUAAGCGUGAAAUAAGUGUUGCCAAGUUUAAUAACAUUUCAUAACAUUAAUGAAAAAGAAAAUCAUCAUCUAACCUUUGUGUUUGGAUCUAGGGUUUGGACAUGAAUUUAUGGAGAAAAGAAAAAGAUAAGAGGAAUGGUGAAAAAAUUUAACUUAUAUUUCAUUUGUAUUUUUUGCAUUUUUUCAUUUUCCUCUACAAAUCCCUACUAAACUCAUAAAUUCAAAAACAACUUUAACGUCUUAAAGUUGAAGGGCUAGAAAUAUAGUCUAACUGAUUUGAUGCGGUUUCUAGCAAACUAAAAGUUGAUGAUCGAAAUCUCUUCCCUUGUUAGUAAUAAUUUAUUUAAACUAUUUCUAACUCAUAAGUUGUAAACAAAAGCUUCAUCAAACACUUUUACACAAAUUUUUAAAAUAAAAAAUACUAUAAACAACUCUAUAAAUAGAAAUCUUCCUAAGGGUUUCUGACAACAAAUUAAAGUAGAAUUGAACAAAUGUAGUUCAAUAACUAAUAAAGUCGAUCAAUUGUGGGAAAAUUUAGAAACCCAAUGUGCCAUUCAAAUUUCAUGUUUUUCUUUAUGAUCAUAUCAAAUACAGGAAAAUUGUAUUUAUAUGUGCUAUUCAAUUGCAAUGAGUAAAAUUAAUCACAUUUUACCCAAAUAAUGACACUUUUCCUUCUUAUAGCUCUUUUGAGUUUUGAUGAAUAAAUUUAUUAUUGUCCCCCUAAAUCUGUAGGUCUGAAUCAAUGUUUAUCCAAGAAGUUGUUGAGAUACUUUUUACAAAAUUAAAUUGUACAUAUUCAAGCGUUGUCAAAGACCUAGUUGGGAUGGAUUCUCGUAUGCAGAAAGUGAUUGAAUUGCUAGGUUUAGGGAUGGGUGAUGCUCGUGUUGUAGGAAUUUGGGGAAUGGGUGGAAUAGGUAAGACUACUAUUUCCAGAGCUGUUUAUGACUGUAUCUCCUACCAAUUUCAAGGUUGUAGCUUUAUUGAGAAUGUUAGAGAAGUUUCAAAAAAAUGUGGUUUAAAAACUUUGCAAGAACAACUUAUUUCUAAAAUCUUAAUAGAAAAGGAUUUGAAAGUACGAAGUGAUGCUCAUGCAGUACAUAUGAUAAGGAAUAUGAUAUGUCGUAAAAAGGUUCUUAUCGUGCUUGAUGAUGUGGAUGAAUCAACCAACCUUGAAAAAUUGGUAGGUGAGCACAAUUGUUUGAAUUCUGGAAGUAGAAUCAUUAUAACCACUCGAAAUAAACAUGUGUUCAGUAGAUAUGGCAUAACACAUAUUUAUGAAGUUGAGGAAUUAAGAGAAGAUGAAGCUAUGGAGCUCUUUAAAUCGAAAGCCUUCAGUAAUUACCAACAUAUGGAAGGCUAUCAAGAACUUGUACGUCGUGCACUAAAGUAUGCUAAAGGAGUUCCUUUAGCUCUCAAAGUUUUAGGAAGCCAUCUCGCAGAAGUUCAUCAAGUAAUUAGAAUAAGUUACGAUGCAUUGGAUUGGCAAGAGCAGCAAAUAUUCUUAGAUAUUGCAUGUUUUUUCAAAUGGAAGGACAAAAAUGAGGUUAUAAAAAUACUAGAAAGUUGUGGCUUCGACCCAAUUAUUGGAAUAGAUGUUCUUGUUCAAAAGUCUCUCAUCACUAUCUCAAGCAAUAAGUUGUUGAUGCAUGAUUUGAUACAACAACUAGGGUGGUGCAUUGUUAUCCAACAAUCACGUGAAGAGCCUGGAGAGCGCACUAGGUUAUGGCGUGAUGAAGAUAUAAAAAAUGUAUUGAUGAACAAUACGGGAACAAACAAAGUGGAAGGCAUAGUUAUGCAGUAUAAUGGCCUAAGCGGUCUAGAUCCAAAGGACAUUCAAUUUCUAAAACAAUUGAAGUUGAGGCCUGAAGCUUUUGCAAAGAUGUCCAACUUGAGGAUUCUCAAAAUUUGUUGCAUGCACCUCUCAAAAGACCUCAAAUAUAUUUCUAACAAUUUAAGGUAUCUUGAUUGGUUUGGAUACCCUAUGAAAUACAUGCCUUCAACAUUUCAACUAGAGCAUCUUGUCGAACUUCACUUAACCUAUAGUAGAAUUGAACAACUUUGGAAGGGAACAAUGCAUCUAGACAAGUUAAGGAUCAUGAAUUUUAGUCACUCGACAUACCUAAAGAAGAGCCCAAACUUCGCCGGGGUCCCAAAUCUUGAAAGACUGAUUCUUGAAGGCUGUAUGGGUUUGGUUAAUCUUCAUCCAUCCAUUGGAGUUCUCAAAAGGCUUAUUUGUUUGAACUUGAAGGAUUGCAAAAGUCUCAAGAGUCUUCCCGACAACAUCUGUCAGUUGAAAGAUCUUGGAAAUUUGAAUCUUUCUGGUUGCUCCAAACUUGACAAAUUGCCGCAAGACUUGGGUGUUUUGGACUAUUUAUAUGAGCUUUAUGCAGAUUGGACUGCAACUAGACAACUCCCAUCCCCCAUUGGACGUCUGAAGAAUCUUGGAGUACCAACGCUAAAAGGGUGUAAAGGAAUAUCAUCUAAUUCCUGUGUCAGUUGA